GUAUUGAAUCAUAUUUGAACUUGAAAAUAUCAUAAUCGCACCCAGAUGAGAUACAUACGCAAUAUUUAGAAUUGUAGCAGUUUAAAUAUUUUGUCUCAAUUCUUCGUUCACCCGGCCGUUGAUUGGAUACUAAUUAAAGUAAUAUAUUUGAAACAUUGUUCGAAGUAAAUUUUUGAUCUCGUUGAAGGUUAUAGCUUUGAGUCAUUAGUUUGGUACUACUCAUCAUUUAGCAACGAAUGUUUAGACAGUGCAGUGAGUUUUAGUGUUCUAGAACAUCAGGGAAGAGAUUUUUAUUCAAUUUAAGCACAUUUUUUUGCAGUUUGUAUCUGCACUUCUGGCAAAAUGCCUGGUUAUAAAAGAAGAUACUGAAAGGAAAGGGUGGCAGUCCACCCUUUUUUCAAGCCAACAUUAACGAAUAAUGGUCAAAGUACGUGGGCUACCCUUUGGGGACAGCAUAGUGUGCAUACUCUUUGGAAUCAGUCUAGUACACGUAAAAUGCUCUUCAAAUGGUUCUAUACCUGCCACUUCGCCAACUUAUCCAACGCAUCGAGGAGCAGCUCGUCAAAUGUAUGGAUCAGGUUCUCUACGUCCACCAGGUCAUAAACCAAUAAUUUAUGCCACAGGACAACGUCAGCACGGCUUUCGAACCACUAUUAUGCCUCAACCGUUCGACCCCGAACAAUAUUUGCCAGUAUUUCCCGUUUAUCCUGUAUUACCGAUACAUAUUCCUAUUGGAGAGUAUGAAAUAAUGACAAAAAGUGUAGGUUAUCCCAUAUAUCAAAACCCAGAUAUUGUGGAAUUACCCCCGAGAAGCGACCGUCCUUCCAACAGAGGUGGCCUAUACGGAGGGCGACCAGAGUACUACAAAGGUCGACCCAAUCACGGACUCUCUAACGCGAGAUUUCCGUCGGAUUUUGGAUUCAUUAUGGGAAAAGGCGUCCCAUCUGAUUACGAUCAAUCCUCAUUCAUAGGCAGAUAUCCCUUACACAGAG